UUCGCCAUGCGUCUGCUCUGGUCGUUGGCGCUGCUCUUGGUCCUGGCUAGCGCGGCUACGCUCAAGGACAGUCCCAAAGCGCGUUACGAUGGCUAUGCAGUGUACAGAUUGAGUGUUAAGAACAAGCUGCAGCUGGCCGUCGUAGAGCAGUUGUCGCAGCUGUCCAGCAAGUACAACAUCUGGAAGGACUACGAUGAACACUCCCAGCAGGUGCACAUUAUGGUUGCUCCUGCAGAACUUCAACACUUUCAGGCACUUGUGAGCCUUCAUGCCAUCAGCAGUGAGCAAAUAAUCGAGAAUGUUCAAGACCUUAUCGAUGCCGAGCAAGUCACGCCCGCCGCCGACAGCGCACCUUUUGGCUGGACUAGGUACUACGAGCUGGCGGAAAUCGAAGCCUGGCUGGACAGCGUGCUGGCUGCCUAUCCCACAGUCACUGAGGAGUUCGUCGUGGGCCAGUCCUACGAGGGACGCACCAUUCGCGGCAUUAAGAUCUCCCACAAGGCGGGCAAUCCGGGCAUCUUUAUCGAGUCGAAUAUACACGCCAGGGAAUGGAUUACCUCAGCGAGUGCCACGUGGUUCAUCAAUGAACUGUUGACCUCCCAGGAGCCGGCAGUGAGGAGUCUAGCAGACAGCUACGACUGGCACAUUGUGCCCGUGUUCAAUGUGGAUGGCUUUGCGUACUCGCACGCGAAGAAUCGCAUGUGGCGCAAGACACGCCAGCCACAUGCCACCAACGAAUGCAUUGGCGUGGAUGCCAAUCGCAACUUUGACUCCCAUUGGCUGGAGAACAAUGGCGCCUCAUCGAAUCCUUGCAGCGAGACGUUUGCGGGGGAUGUGCCCGGCUCGGAGCCAGAGGCCAAGGCUUUGACGGAGUAUCUCCAGAAGAUUGCGAAUGAGUUCAGUGUGUACAUAUCCUUCCACUCGUAUGGGCAGUACUUGCUGUCACCUUAUGGCCACACGAAGGAGGAGUUUCCGGAUAACUACGAUGAUCUGCUGCAGAUUGGCGAGGCCUUUGCCACGGCCAUUGAGGCGCUGCCCUAUGGCACCGCCUAUCGUUAUGGCUCCACAGCGGAUGUGCUUUAUGUAGCCACGGGCACCUCCGUGGACUGGGUCUACAAUGAGCUCAACAAAAAGGUGGCCUUCACCAUCGAGUACCGCGAUCAAGGCCGCUACGGCUUCCUCCUGCCACCCGUGCAGAUUUUGCCCAAUUGCCAGGAGCUCAUGGCCGGCAUGUUGGCGCUGAUUGGCAAGACCCAGGAGCUGGGUUACUUGUAGUCGAAAGAACUUUAUUUCUGCUCAUUAAAGUACCUCACAUAGGAGGCCAACAGAU